AUGAUGCUUGUGUCACCUUUGUGUCCACACCAAAGUACCUUGGCAAGAACAAGAGCGGUCACAUCCUGAGCAGUGAUGCACGCAUCAUGAUCUUUCACUGCUACACGUACUGGCGUAACAGGGAGCCUGGAAUCGGCGUGGAGGACACGUGCAAGUUUGUCGCUGAGAUGCUCAGUGUGUGCGAUAAAACUGUGUUCAGUCAGAUACCAACGGUCGAGACGAUAACCAACGAGUUCUCGAAGCGUAUGGAUCUCUCUUCGCUGAAGUGGCACACCGUGCAUUGCCUGCUUGCCGAGAUCGGCUUCAAGCACGAGAAGGGAAGUCGCAACUCGUUGCUCAUCGACCGGGACCUCCGUGAUGUGCAACGCUACAGGGCGGAAGGCCAAAAGAUAUUCUUCCUCGAUGAGAUAUGGGGGAUGGCGGGACACACUCGGUCGACCGUGUGGACGGGCACUGUGGUAGAGAAGCGUGGACGCCAGUAUGCAAAAGCAAAUAGCCUGUCGACUGGCCUUAAACAACCAUCUGGGAAAGGCCUUAUCGUGACGUGCAUCGGCAGUGAGGAUGGCUUCGUCGAUGGCUGCUUAGAUGUGUUUCGAGAGCAGAAAACAGGCGACUACCACGAGAAAAGGGAUGGCAAUCGCUUCGAGGGCUGGUUCAAUAACGUUUCGCAAAAGUUGCCAGCUGGCAGCGUCAUUGUUAUGAAUAACUUGCCGCACCAUUCCCGGUGA